CUCAGCUAGCAGAUCAGUGCAGUGGAAGAGGCACAGGCUGGGAAGGAGGAGAGGAUGGUGAGCCCUCAGGAGUUUAUUGCGUCUCUGGACAGAAGGGGACGGGAAGCUGCAUUCACCCGCAGAGGGGCAGUAUCAGUUAACCACCUCAAGAAUGUGUUCUACAAGCUCUUGACAAUCUGGCCAAUGCUUGGGGUGGCGCCUGCUGCUCCAAGCUGGAAACGCUGGUGGCAGCGAAACUGAGCUGCAGAGGCUGCUUAUCGCUUAAUUGGAGAACACAGUGGUUUGCACCAUGGAGAUGGCAUCAUUCAGCAGAGUGUACUGGGGAGCCGCUACCGUCCUCUAUGUUUGCAUCGCGUAUGCCUUUGCAAAGGAGGUGCCACAGGCAUACAUGGACGAGAUCUUCCACAUCCCCCAGUGCCAGGCCUUCUGCGAGGGCCGGUUCUCCUACUGGGACCCCAUGAUUACAACCUUUCCAGGCCUCUACUACGCUGCCCUUUUCCUGCUGUCCUUUCUCUAUCCUGGGACCGCUGCGUUUCAGCUACUACAAGGAAAGUUCAUUAGGAGCACCUUCAGACCACUUUGUUCUCUUUUUGCCCUGCGGUUUGUCAAUAUAGUGCUCAGUCUAGUUUGCCUCCUGCUCUUUAGAGAAGUUGCCUUUGAGGUGCGGUUGCGAGCGGAGCACCUUUUAGCUGUUGACAGCGGGAGCCAGGAACUAGGGUCGGGCCAGAUCGCAGUGACCAACGGAGUUGAGUCGCAAUCUAAGAAGCCGAUAGGCAGUAAUGACAGCAAGACGUAUAGAGAAGCCAACAAGGGCAAAGAGACAAUUAGUAGAGCUGGGAGCGGCAAAUUGUCAGUGGCAAAGAGGAGGGGAACACACCACACAGAGAACGGCACAGCCGCCGCAAUCGAAGAUCUCACAGGGAGGAAGACUGGGCCUGGGGGGCCUGGUUAUGAAUUUGGUGAAGCCGCUUAUGACUCCAUUGGGACCGCUUCUGUGGGGGAUCUUCAAAACAGACGGCAACCAAGCACGGAGGAUUUCUUCAAAGCAGCGGCCUUGGUGCUCUAUCCCCCCCACUUUUUCUUUGCGUUCCUGUUCUACACGGACGUUGGCUCGACCGCGGCAAUUGCGGCCAUGUACUUGGCAACACUGAGGCACCGAUUCUGGGUCGCAGCGCUGCUGGCCGUGGUCGCCAUCUUCUUUCGCCAGACCAACGUGGUUUGGGCUCUCUUUGUGACGUGUACUGGGGCGACCGAGGUUCUUUGGCCACUCCCCGGAUCCGGGAUGCCGUCCGACCGGCUAGACAAGCGGAGCCUUAACAAGACCGAAUCAGUGUCACCGCUCGCGCUGUGGGCCCUGGCUAAGCGAGCCUGGACCCAUCGGACGGCGGUUCUGCGGACGUUCGGCCCGCUGCUGUUCGUUAUUGCUGCGUUCGUGGUCUUCGCCGUCCGAAACGGCGGCAUCGUGCUGGGCGCCAAAGACGCCCACAAGAUGAGCCUGCACAUGCCCCAGUUCCUCUACUGCCUAGCCUUUGUCUUCUGCGCGCUCGCUCCCGUCCAGCUGCUCCCCGCCCACGUCAGCCACGUGUCUGCUUACGGCAUCGCACGUGUCAAACGGUCGCCCGGGAGGACGCUCGCGCUUCUGCUGGCUGCGCUGGCGGCAGUGCACUGGUUCACUAUCGAGCACCCAUACCUGCUCGCGGACAACCGGCACUAUCCCUUCUACCUCUGGCGGUGGAUCUUCAAGCGCCACGUGGCAGUCAAGUAUCUGCUCGUGCCGUUCUACUUAUAUGCAGCCACGUCGCUUGUUCUGUCGCUCGCAAAGACACAACGCCCGCUUUGGAUCUUCUUCUAUUUGAUGGCCACGUUUGGCGUCCUUGUUCCCGCUCCGCUCAUCGAGUUCCGUUACUUCAACGUUCCGUUCUUUUUGGCCGCCCUGCACGUGCCAAUGCCGUCAAAGAGGAGACGACCGACGUUGUUGUUGCAGUUAGUGUUGUUUGCAAUAUUAGAUAUUGGAGCGGUGUCCUUGUUUCUGCGAAGAACGUUUGAGUGGCCUCAUGAGAGCGGCACGCAACGAUAUAUGUGGUGAGCCCGAACUGAAGACGGAAAGUUAGAGUAUCCCGCAUGCCC